AUGGUCACCGCAGUCUUGCCUACUGUGACAGGCAAGGCACUUCGCAACCAGGUUUAUCGCGCUUCUGUUUCUUCAGACCUGACUAUUACACCUGAGCGUAUCCAUGGCCUGUCAAACAAUAACUCAGAAACCUCGGCACCUGCUGCUUCACCAUCUGCGCGAUUAUCAGGAUUUGUUGGACUUUUUGCCGGUUGUGGUGCACUUGUCUCCCUCGGAGUCUUCCUUCCCCUCCCUGCCCGGUUUGAGAAGCUGGGUCUGUCACCAACCGAGGCCCUUCAGCGCAGCUACUACCUAGUGGCUAUUACCGCCAUCAUCAUCAGCGUUAAUCGCAGUAUCGGUCUGGGUUACAUUGGAGGCUUUGUUGCUCGGGCAUCUUCCGUGGGAAUCUCCCUCUUUAUCCCUCUGGCCGUCAACCACUACUUUCGUGUAUCCGGUCUCUGCGACGAGGAUCGUGACCCCGACCCCGGCUCUGGACUGGGGGCCAUUAAGAAAGCAUGCCCAAAUGCAUAUAUCCUUGCAUCGAUCCUGACGGGUGUUUCUCAACUCAUUGCUUUGAUAGCAGCGCCGGCAUUUGGAUACCUGACGGAUAAAUCGCGACGGUACAAUGUCCCCUUGCUGGUGGCCGCUUUUGUGGGCGUGAUUGGGUAUAUCGCCUUUGCCCAGUUGCCCAACCCAGAAUUUAGGGCCCCCGAGGGCAAUGCCGGGGUGUUUGUUGCGAUGGGUCUCAUUGGGAUUAGCCAGAUUGGUGCCAUUGUCUGCAGUCUCGCAGUACUCAGCAAUGGAAUUUUGCGUGUGAGCUUGGACGAGGAUACGCUGCGUAAGAUUUAUGAUGAUCCGGGACAGGUUCCAGGUGAUCGUCGUGAUGGAUACGAGUCCAGUGAAGAAGAUCGGCCUCUCCUGGUGGGGUCAGUGAACCGGCGACUGGAGCACCUGUCGCACCUCAAAGGAUCUAUUGCCGGGGUGUAUUCAUUGUAUGGCGGGGCCGGUAUUCUGCUACUCACCAAGGUUGGGGGGCUCUUGUUCGACCAAGUGUCAUCGGGUACACCAUUUUACAUCAUGGCGGUGUUUAACGGGAUUUUGCUGAUUGCGGGAAUUCUGUGUGGGAUUUUAAACCAGGUGGCACCGUACGAGAGUUAUUUCUUUGAUGCGGGCAAGUCUCCGAAAUUGGCGCUCUCCCGCUUCGUGCGUGCUUGA